CUAGUGUAGUGGGGGUGAAUGCUCUAUGCAUUGCACAUGCACGUCCCUCAGCAGAUGUGCUGGAAUAAUGGCAGCAUGGCUUGGUCCUGCAACAGAAAAGUAUUGGCGCCGCUGUCUGGUUGGCUCGUUCCGAGAUGACUUGGGAAAGCCAAUGCAGAUAUAUGAGCCUUGCACAUCCGCCUUGUGGAAAUCCCUACCAAUGCGUUUUUUGCUUUAUAAGGAAUGCACGAACGACCAGUAUCCCCCAGGCCAUUCUCGCUUUCUUUCUGUCAGAAUCUGACCACUCAUCCUGCUUUUUGGCACAUCCCUUUUUAAUUCCUGCUCUUGCGGAUCUUGCGCAAUCCACGCUCCUUUCAUUUCCCCUUCUACUAACAGCCAAGUCAUAUAUUACAACACGUCAGCACUUUUUGUGUGCACCAUGCCUGAUAGUAUCAUAGCGAAGCACGCCAUUGAGCUUGCUAAAGAGCUCGGUAUCAGCUCGACAGCUGACGCCAUCAUAGCAGCUGCGACGUGCAUAUUGCUGUACUUCAUUAGCACCCCUAUCUACCACCUGUUCCUGUCACCUUUGGCCAGGGUGCCCGGGCCGCGCCUCAAUGCCAUUUCCAACAUCCCGCUCAACCGUGCAGUCCUCGCAGGCAACUACCACCUGUACUCACGCCAGAUGCACGAAAAGUACGGACCGGUGGUACGCCUAGCUCCAAACAAGGUCUCGACAUCCAACACAUCCGACACACGCACCAUCCUUGCUACCCACGCAUUCCGCAAAUCACAGUUCUACGACCAAGGCAAGCUGAUAUUGCCGAGCUUGUUCUCAACCACCGACCCAGAGACGAACAAGGUCCGGCGUCGGCAGUUGGGCAACGCGUUUGCGAUGCACACUAUCCGGUCAAUGGAGGAUUUAGUUAUUCAGGAUGGCGCGUGGUCACUUGUCAAGCACUGGCGGGCGCUGGCGGAAAGCGGCGGUGCAAACAAUGGUUGGGCACGUGCAAACUACUAUCAGGGAUUCCAUUCCAUUGCCAUUGACGUGAUCGGGGCACUCGGGUUUGGCCAUAGCUUUGGCAUCCUGCAGAGCGGCAAUGCCGAGAUUAUUAGCUGGAUCAAUGACGCGCUGAAAAUGUCAAGCAUCCGCAGCUCAUACCCGAUCACCAAGCACAUCCCGUGGAUGUUCAAGAAGUACAAGCGUGGUGAGCAGCAGCUGAUUUCGUUCGUCAAGAGCACGGUCGCCGAGCGUAGAAAGCUGAUACAGGAGACUGGAAAGCCACCGCGCGAAGAUAUUUUGCAGAGAUUUAUUGAGGCCGUUGAUCCAGCCACUGGCCAGAAGAUCACCGAGGACGAACUGCACACCGAAAUCAUUUUGCUCAACAAUGCAGGUACUGAUACCACCAGCCAUACGCUAUCGUGGACCCUGAUGUACCUUCUACACUACCCAGAUAUCCACCGGCGCGUGUGCAAGGAUAUCCGCUCUGCCUUCCCCGAUCACUCUGCCCCUAUUCGCUAUGAUGAGGCCAAGUCUUUGCCGUAUCUGACUGCAGUCAUCUACGAAUCUCUGCGCAUGAUGCCCUCAGUCUCUGGCCUAUUGCCCCGCGUAGUGCCAUCGGGCGGGUUUGAGCUAGGCGGCUACCACAUCCCUGGCAAGAGCGAGAUUUGUCUGGCGUUUGCCGCCUGUCAACGUAACAGCGAGAUGUGGGACGAGCCCAAUCGGUUCAAGCCAGAGCGUUUCCUGGGCCCACAUGCCGACCAGCGCAUGAGGGAGGUGAUGGCUUUCAGCUCUGGGGUGCGCGUCUGCAUCGGCAGGAACCUGGCAUGGGUGGAGCUGUACACGGUCCUGGCCAACAUUCUGCGUGAGUUCGACAUGCGGGUGCCCGAGGACUCUGAGUACGGCCCGCAAAGGAAGAACGAGAUUGGCGAGCCGGCAGAAAUACCUGGUGCUGCGUUCAUCACUUGUGGCCCUCGCAACCCAAAGGUCGACUGCUGGAUCGAUAUUCGGCGCCACUCAUCCGCAGUUUGAACUCUCCUCCUUCUCUUGACUUCUUUACUUCAUUUUCCUGUUUGCUGUUUAUUUCGCCCUUACGGAAUGCUAGCAAAAUGCAGUCUGCUAGAGCAACUAAAUUGGACCGCCCGGAGCGGCGAUAUGCAAGCAGGUCAGCAUUGCAGCAUGCAGUACAGUCUAUGAGCGUUGACGGCAAGCCAGCCCUGAUGCAGCUU